GAUACUUAUCAGAACAAGGGAAAACUCGGAGAGCCAUUGAAACGCUGCAAAAGAAGAAAAAUUACAUUUUCUGUAAAAUAAUAUUCUGUCAACUAAAAUUUUUUCAGUGCACACAUAUUAUCAAGGAUGUCCAUAAAGCAGAGAGACUCCUUAAAGAUGGCAAGAUAUGUCCUGUGGUUUGUCUUCGUCGCUGGAUCUCUUGCAAUAGAAGAUUUAGGAGGAAAGGUCUUUCUUUUUCCCAAGGCCACAGAUACAGCCCGUGUGAUUCUAAAGCCUAUGAUAACAAAGAGAGUAGAGAGUGUAACUGUUUGCCUGGAAUCCUACACAGCCUUGACUCGAGGACAUUCUCUUUUCUCUUUGGCCAUGCCGGGGAUGGACAAUGCUCUUCUCAUCUUCCCAAAGCCACCAAACAGGUAUGAGUUCAUACUAAGCCAAGAAUCUUCUUUUUUCCAAGUAAACCCAGAGGUUUUAGACUGGAAACAUACCUGUGUAAGCUGGGAAUCUGAGUUGGGUGUGGUUCAGCUCUGGAUCGAUGGAAAACUGUAUCCCAGAACUGUUAUGAAGAAGAAGUCACAGAUUGAUAUUGAGGCCAGUAUAAUCCUGGGACAGGAACAGGAUUCAUAUCGUGGCAAAUUUGAUAUCCAACAGUGUUUUGUGGGCGAGAUAACCAACGUACACAUGUGGGAUUAUGUACUGACCCAGGAAGAAAUACAGAAGGUUUUGGCUGGAAAAAAAGAUAUGAAUGGCAACAUUAUUAACUGGAGAUCAUUGCAGUAUGAGAUAAAAGGAGAUGUGGUUGUCCAGCCCCAGCUACAAUGCCGAUCUCUAGGGAAUAAUUAUAACUUGCAUUCUAUGUGCUAUGAAAAUUAAUUACAGUAUGUUGGAUGAAGUCACCUGCCACUAUACUAUUCUAUACUACUAUACUAUACUAUUAUGAUUUACUAAUUAACUAAAUGCUUGAUUCCUCUACCGCACAUGAUCAACUCAUUGUAUUCAUUCAGAUCAUAUGAAAAAUCUGGGAUGCUUCUGAUGAAUGCAAGUUGCUCAUCACAUUUAUAUCAACUACAAAUAGUGCAGCCCUUGUAGCUGUUUGUCCCUAAUUGCGCACUAUACAGUAACUUUAACCUUGAUUGGCAGUAUAUGUAUGCAAGGGUUUCAUGAACUGGAAUUAAAGAUGCUUUAAAUACA